GCUCAAAAAUUAUUGUCUACCAGCUACUAAGGGCAAUUUGUAAUAAUUGUUUGCUAUUCUAGCGUGUACGUCGUGUAGUUUGCCUCGGCGGAGGAGCGACGUGAUAAGUGGAUCGCCGCCGUUUUUGGCUCGAAUAGUCGCCGACCGGAUAUCAUUUUACUCGCCCGAUCGAUAUUAUAUCGUGUUUCACGUGGUGAAAUUCCUACCCAACAUUUUCUCCCACCCGCACGUUCUAGUUUUCACGCACUGCGAAGUGUGCGAUACGUACGCGCUAUGAGCGAGCAGUGGUAUUCUCCUACUGAAAACGUUUUGACCAGUGCGAGUAAAAUAAUAUUAUAAUGUAAUAUUCAAUAAUAAAAUCUUCAAAUCCAACAUCACACGAUCAUUGAUUAAUUAUUGUUAGCUCCUGAUUAUGUUACGACCUUAGACCUCAUAACAAUGUUACUGAUAAACGAGUAUAAGUUUGAAAUAACCAGCACUGUCGCAAUCAUGUUUAUUAUUAUCAUGUACACUUCUAGUCAUGCUUUUCGUUACUUCGCCAAAUAUACCAUAUUUACAGUAUUGUCAUAUAUCUCUGCAACUGUAUUCUUACCAUUAAUGUUAUGGAAACCGAGGGACUACAAGAAUGGAUUAUUACCAGCAUGGGGUGGACGCCAAGUAUCAAAAGUAUUAGGAAUAACAUGGGAAAUGAAGGGUAAAGAAAAUAUUGUACAAAAUUCCGGUUGUGUUGUUUUGAUCAAUCAUCAAAGCUGUUUGGAUUUAUUAGUGUUGUCUGAAAUAUAUCCGGUUAUGGAAAAAUGCACCGUGAUCUCCAAAAAAGAAAUAUUUUACUUUUGGCCUUUUGGCCUUGCAUCAUGGCUAUGGGGAACAAUAUUUAUUGACCGUUUAAAUGCAGAAAGUGCUCAGAGGACCCUUAAUAAGACUGGAGAUGCUAUUCGCCAUAAACAAGCAAAGAUUUGUAUGUUUCCUGAAGGCACAAGGCAUGGUGGACCAGAACUUUUAAAUUUUAAAAAAGGUGCAUUCCAUGUUGCUAUUUCAGCUCAAUGUCCAAUACAGCCAGUAGUUGUAUCUCAAUAUUUCUUCUUGGAUCAUGGAAAACGUACAUUUGAUCCCGGCCACGCAGUCAUAACAAUAUUGCCUCCAAUACCCACCGAGGGAAUGACCAAAGAAGACUUACCUGGUCUUAUUGAGAAGUCUAGAACUGCAAUGCAAGAAAUGUACACAAAAUCCUCGGCAGAAGUGAAAACAAAACAUUAUAGUGUCAGUUAAGAUUAUAUUAUUGUUUUUACUUCUGUGAAUAUUUAACAUUAAAUAUUUUAGUGUGUUAAACAUGAAUUAGUACCAUUGUAACUAUAAAUAAAACAUCAAGCUUUUAGUGCUUUGGUACUAAUGUAACCGUGUGCUUACAGUAUUUUUUUAUUUUUUGACAAAAUAUUUUUGUUUGUUAAGACAUACAAUAUCAUAACCUGUAAACUUUGAAUUAGGGGUCUCCAUUUUUAAAUUGUAUUUGCCACGCGCUUUAAAGUAGAAAUAUUCAAAUUUAUUACACUAUUUUUGAUUAAAAAUAUAAGAUAAUGUUAUUUUUUUACUAAGAAUAAAUUAUAUACUGAAUUAAUCGUACACUUAAAUUUGUCCAUAACAUAAAAGAAAUCUAUCAUAUAUUUACAUCGAAAAUUACUUUAAAUAUUUUAUUUUCCGUUGUUAAAACUGAUGUUUUCCCAAAUUAACCAAUUGUCUAAACCUGAGGUUUCCAAACUGUGGGUUGAGAUAAAAAAUAAUUCAUAGAAUGGGUAGUACAAUUUAAAGUUUGGGAACCUCUGGUCUAAACUGAACAAGUUUUUAAAUGUAUAUCUACAAUGUACAGUUUGUAUUUUUAUUUUAAAAUAAAAAUUUUUUUGUUUU